AUGUCGCGGAAAAGGCGGCGAGCAUUUAACGUAGAUAUUGCUAGCCAGGUUGCUCCCCAAAACCUCAAGCGUUACGUAACAGACGCGGAAGACUACUGGAGGAUAAAUGAGCAGGGAAGAGGAUGCCGUGCUGUUGUUCCUGAGCAGGUGAUGAGGAGUAGUUUGCACGGAGUGAUGACUGUGCAACUAUUAAUAUUGAAAGUAAGGGCAGCAGCUGCACACUCUGCAUCAGAUGGAUACAUGAGUCCUCCAGCAGGAAGUGAGCACAGCCAUCAAAACAAGCUGUUGGUGGUGUCUGAUGUUGUAUUUCAAGAGAGGCUUCUUCUGAGGAGCAAUGAAUUGCUGCUCUGUGCAACACACAGAUAUUGCCUUUUUGCUGUUCUGAGUCACAGUGUUUCAUUUCCAUUUGUUUUCUAUGUUAAUUUGCGAGCACAAAAACCUCUUUGGAGGCUGAACUUCUCAGCGAGCUUGAUUUUAGCAGAAGCCUGUAAAGCAUUUAUUGACGACAAGGUGUCCUUCUGAAGGAAAAUGCCACUCAGAGAACCCAACUGCACAGAGUAUGUCACACAGAGCCACCACAUCACCUGCGCCCUUGCAGCCGAAGAGGCCGUGCACCUUUCCUACCUCAUGACAUUGCAAAAAGAGUUUGAGACCUUCGAGCUUUUCUUCAGGGAGCUGUUCAUGCUCCAGAAUGACUACUGUGUUCAUGUGGAUGUCCUCAAGGAGCCAUUUCCCUUCCAGCAGGCAGUGCUAUUUCUCGGCGCCUCCCUCAUUUCCUGGGCAAAGAGGGUGGUCUAGGGCAGCACCUCCCACCCGUGGGCUGACCUCCACUGCAUGAGAGACCUGCUUGCCUUGGCCGUGCCCUGGUGCUACCUAAUCAACACCUGUGGUCAGGACCUCUCCUUGAAGCACAACAGGGAGAUCGUCCAGCUGCUGAAAGGCCCUGGGGGCAAGGACAUCACACCCAGGGUGCUGCCACCUCCCCACGUCACCAUCUGCACCAAAUAUGUGCACAGGGAGCAAUUUUACUCUUCCUUUUCUUUCAUGCUGUGGACAUUUUUGUGCAGAUGUCCUCUGACCACCUGUUUUGGCUCUGUGUCCAUGGCCAUCACCUGGCUUUUUGUGGGGUUCAUGCUGCAGAACCAGCGUGUUCUCCAUCUGCUGACAUGGUCUGAGGACACCAACAGCCCUGAGGGGCACUUCUGGGUGAUGCCCUGCAGGAUCCCAGGUGCACAUGCAGAUGCAGAAGCAUUAUCUGAAGUUGAUUUUGAUGAAAUCAAAAAUCUAGAUGAAAAAUUGAAUUGUUACAUAAGGCUGAUCUAUCAAAUAGUCUUACUGGCCCUUUUUUAG